AUGUUACACAGGCUCCUAGAUCACGUCGUUAAAGCCUUUGGUCGGGAGGUAAUCGAACAGUGGAUACCGCUCGAACGACUGAACAUCACGUCUGUCACUGACCCAGAAAUAACGUUGACAAAUGUGCCACUACCAGAUAAAUUGUUCGAGGACCCUUCGAUACCUAUAACAGUGGUCAAAUCCAAUGUAGGAAGGGUAGUGAUUCGUUGCCCCUGGAAAACUGUGUUUAUGAACGAUGGCAGUGUCAGUCUCCAGGUGGAGGUACACGAUGUGGAUGCCAUUGUUCGCUUUAAGCGCAUCAACGAAUGGAAUGUUUCUAGUGUGAAGGAUGCUUUGGUAAAGGUACGCGAGAAGCUGUUGCGCAAGUGGAAUUCCGUAGUAUCAUCCCUAGGUCUGCUAUCCACGAAUAGUGGUAAAAAGGGGUCAAAAGCUGCGGGUGUUUUAAAUUCAUUGGACAUUACGAUCCACAAUGUCAAAGUAUUGCUGGCGGAUAACCUAUUAUACGAUGAACCGUUCUCCAUUACUAUCGAAGCAGAAUGUGUUCGCGGUGUUGGCAUGCGACCAGAUGAUCCUACACUUUCAGAGUACGAACAACAGGGCGUCGAAGAUUCUAUGCUCAAUGCACUCUGGUUUACCAGCAGUGGUGUACAAAUGUGGCUUGCGAUAUAUCAUCAGGACCAGGAUGAAAUGUAUGCACAACAAUCGGAUGAUGGGCAAGAAAAUCUAUUCGAUCAUUCAGAUUGGAAAGCACAGACGAAAACGGAACCGAGUACAGUUGGAAAAGAUUCUAUGUCACGUUAUAGAAGCAACAGCAUCGAUAUCGAUGAUGAAUUUCCUAGUAGAUCUUCAUCCCAUUCGAGCGAUGAUCUGUUUGCAGUCCUGUCGGCUAGGGCUGAGCGUGUAUCCCGUCAGAGUACUAGGCAAACCAACUUCUGGAAUUUUUGCAGUGCUCCUUGCAACGACGAUUCCGAUGAUUAUCACAGUGAAUUUAGGGCACAAAAGGUCAAGCCCGAGGAUGCAACGCUCAUGCGUUUCCUUCAAGGGCCAUAUAAGAACUACAAUAUAACACCACCGCAGGGGCUAACCUUCGACAUGGUAUUGAAAAUGUGGAAUAUAGUAUCGAUAGUAGGUAUGCCGAAUAUAGCGCAGCAAAAGCGUAGAGUUGUACAAGUAUCGUUAAGAACCACCGAAAAAGGUGACACUGAUGAUGCUUCUCCACCUACUUUUGAUGGGAAAAUGCAGUUUGAACCCCUCGACCUUAUUGUUACAAGCUCUGCUGCGAAGAUUGUAUACAACAUUGUCAGAUACAUGCAGCUGACCUCGGUAUACCGUACCAUGGCCAUGGAUAACAUCAAUGCAGUGCCGGAUCCUAGCGAUUGUCAAAAGUUUGUAGAUAUCAUACGCACUUCCCAAUGGACGCACCGUGAAGAGGAUGAGAAGUUUGUUAAGGAAUUUGAAUUGACUACCCCUUUCCAUUUGUUACUGAAGCUGAAAGAGAUGGCCAAUGCUACUAAAAAGAGGCUCACACGUGUAAAUGCUUGUUUCAUAAGUGCUCCGUGUCUACCUGAUUCACAUCAGGAAGAAGGGGAACAGCAGUUUGUUCCUGAGAAUAUAGUACAGUCGUACACGUGGUACCAAAGAGACAUGUCGCUGAUGUUUGUGCUCCCCAAUGUCAAUGUUUACGUGGUGCCCAUUGACAGGGGUAUGCCUGAUGAUACAUUACCUUCAACGGUUUUCCAAUUCAGUACAUUUGCCUUCGAAUACGAGACCCUUUACCUCCGUGCAACGUGCAGGGUACUGGCUUGCAAACCCAUAUUACGAUGUGGACAUGUCAUGGCGGUGGUGAAGAGGCGCAGCUUUAGUGCGAAGAUAAUGUUAAGGCCUUUGAAAGAUUCAGAGAGGUUGCUAUGUUAUCCCGAACAUAUGAUUACAAAUUUGUGUCCUUUUUUUGCAGAAUACGGUUCGGAUAAUAUGGAGAGUUGUAUUAACGGGUCAACUGGAAAGGUUGGAGAUGUUGUGCGUGUAACCUUGGAGAAAUAUGCCAAUGAUGUUAAACAUAUCCACAUUGUGAUACCUAAGGUUGUGGUAAUACUCAACUCUCUGUUGAAUCUGAAUGCUAUUAUUGGUGAAGAGUUUUGGAGAAUGCAAUUUCUCACGUUCGAAAGGUUUCUACAGUCUAGUGAAAAGCAUGGUUGUGGUAACCCUGAACUUAGCAGCAUGCUAUUUGAUUUCCUAAAAGUUACACAUUCCAAAACCGUUAGUAAAGUAGAAUUUGAUGGAGUCAUUGUUCGAACGGCCCUUAAGAAAACGACCCAUGUCAGACAAACGAGCGGCGGUGAUGAAGAACGAGCGGAUAACCAGCAGUAUCCACUUGAUCUCCAAAACGUAUGUGAUCGAUUCAUUAUGAACGACAAAACGUUGAACACUUGGGAAUACUGUGAUGAUAUGGACGACCCUUUCGCGUUCAAACACACCUCUUCAUCAAUGACCGACAGUUCUCUAGGCUGGGCAGAUGGAGGCAAUAAAACUGUCUACGGCAAGGCCGAGUUUGUGUCAGAAAUGGACGCUGUCUCUACAGAUAACGCGAACACACCAAUAUACAUGUUUGCGCAGGACUGGGAUCCCAAAUUGUCGGUAAAGUCGAGGCUUGUGUUACACCUUGGGAAACUGCGCAAGUGGUACCGUAACACAUCUGCUUUGGAGACGCCAUUGAAUGUAUUAAACGAGCUGCAAGUGGUACAAUCGUUGCAUCUUGAAGUUAAUGACAUAUUAGUGAGCAACGUAUCAACAUGUACGCUUACAUACUGCUCUAUAGGCAGUGUUGCGCUAAGUGGUACGGACCACCGAGGUGCUGCUAUCCAACUUCUAAGUCUUGAGGCUGUUACUUUGGCUAAGAAAAUGAGCGCCACAUGUGUCGAUGUGGAAAAGUUAUCGGUGAUGUUCGACGCUAAGCUGCCGCUGUUCACGUUAUUGUUGCGCCAUGUCAAUACCUUCAAGUUAUACGGCACCUACAUGGACCAAAUGCGUUUAAAGCUGAAAGCCAUAUGUGAUAUGCAGCAGCAACAUGUUACCCUAGAUAUUACCCUAUCGGGAAACCCAGAGAUUUGCCAUAUCCUACGCACUGACCUCUAUGAUGGGUCGCCAGAUGUACUAGAGGAAUGUAACGCCAACCUAGUCCACGCACUCGAAAGGAAACUACAGAAUGUUGGCAAAUCUGAAAAGGUUCUGUUUUUUUCAGCAGGCGCCAUUGCAGUGAACCUCGCAGCGGAAAGUAUAUUAUAUGAACUUUGGGUACAUAAAACGCAAUUGGAGUUGUGUGGAAGAGAACGUAUCAAGCUGUAUGUCGGUAAUACUUAUCUCUCAAUGAGAGAGGACGGAACAAGGACUGUCAUGUUAUCGUCCAAACAGUCUGAAUUGGGAAAAGAUGUAGAUGUGACUAUAGAUGAAGUAGAUUACGGUCAGGUUAUGUUGGACUUCCGGGGUAAAGAUGCAAAGUACGUCAACCUGGAGGUUCGAAAUGUUCAUCACAUUAUCGAUUUGCAUUUUAUUAAAUCUGUGACCGACUUAGUAAAACAAUUCAAAGAGUAUGCCCAUUCAUCAACUCCAAAGCAUGUUGGAAACAUUUCGGGCCACAUUAUGAUCCAUCAUUCAUCGGUUCAUCAUGGCGGUGUUGGUGCUAUAGUGGAUCUCUUUGCAACGGUCAAACUAUCGGAACCCGAAAACAAUCUACGUCUGUUUAUUGAAAUACCACGUUUCCAUGUGACAUUCACAACUGGCUUGUCUAAACGUGUAUUUGCACUUUCGCUACUAGAUGUUGUGCUAGAGAUGUGCCAAUACAGACAACGUUUCAACUUGAGAUCGUCGAGCUCGAUUGGCAGUGAUAUGUCACACGAAGUCAAAUUGAUGAACGUGAUCGUAGAAAUUGCACAUUGUGCUGUCUGGGGGUUCCAUCUAGUGGCAGAAGGCUCUGUACUCAAACAUAAGUUUAAGGAUAUAAACGAUGCUGCUGAAAAUCUACAGAUGGUACUUCAUGAAAGUUGGUUCAACCACAUGACCGCCGCUACACUACCAUCUUACUAUGACGAUGUGCCUGUUGUGGUUGUACCUCUGAUAUCUACACGGUAUGCGGAUGCUUCCAGGUUGACACCACUGCUCAAUGCAAAUUGGAUCAAGGAUUGGUUAAUGAAAGCUGCACAAGAUGUCGAUCCGAACCAAUGCGAUACUGCGGCAGAUUCCGUAAUAGAAGCGUUUACCAUCAAUGCAUCGCAGCAACGUAAACGAAGUUUGACUAAAAUUACUGUAUCGCUAUUAACUCUGGACGACAUCUUAAUGGCUAUUGGCAGUGUCGACCUUAUCUCAUUGACGGCAGUUUUCCAUAGGGAGUCGAUAAACAACCUGCUAGAGCUUUUUUCUCAGUGCAAACUACUUCGUAGCGGCCCUCGGCACAAUAUCCGCGAGGUUAAGGCAGCUAAAAUCGUAAAGGUCGAUUUCAAUAUUGAUGAAAUAGAUCUCAUAUGCCCGCACAAUGUGGAUAUCGAUUAUCACAGCGCAAUACCGUCUGCAUUGCUGCCAAAUGUACUUGUUAAUGCGCCAAUGCAUAAAAGGAGGCCGAAAAACCGAACCUCAUCGUUCCAUAUACUACGUAUAUACAGUUCACCGAGUGUAUUGCUACAGGCUGCAGCGACAACUACCGUAAUGGCACAAAGCAACCUUACUUUGCAACUUGUUAGGAUGAUAUACAACAAUAUGAAGUACCUCCAGGGGCUUACUCGCUAUGCUUUAUUCGAUUAUGUUGAUGCGAUGGAGGACGCAAGGUACCAGGCUUCACUACAUCUGUUCGACGCACAUAACGAUGAAAGGAAAGGGGAGAUUUUCGUCAUUGCGUGUCAUAAGUUAAACACCUCGAUGUACAGUCCGAGUGCCAGGGUGGAAUACUGGAUGGAUGUAGUGAAGCACGUUGCCGAGGGCACAGUGGUCACAGCUCAGGACUUGUACAAGGACUUUAAGUCGGUGCUAACUCUCGAGAUGUCUAAUUUGAAUGUAGAUGUGCGGAUGGUAUCAAACACACUAGAUGCGGUGAAAGCCACGAUACAACAUAUACAAAUAACAGAUGCAUGUGGAAAAAACCUGGUGGAAGACCUUUGUGCUAGUAGAACUACAUUGGGUGAGCUGGGAUAUCUGGAAGAUACUACAUUCUGUUACCCAGCCGAUCAAGUUAAUGUUAGCCUAACUCGUGGAGAUGGUAUAUUCAAUAUCAAAGUGAUAUUGGAGCAUACAAGAUCUGAGAUUCAAAUCGAUGGCAUCAGUGUAAUCCUCGGUGUAGUUCAGGACCUCGGUCUAUUUAAUUUGAAACGAGAUAAAACUAAGGAAAAGAGGGGCCAUAAACUACGUAUGAAUCUAGAAAUUGGUUUAAAUCUACAUGAAAUAUGGCUAUACCACAGCAUACCCAAGGAUGUAGUUGCAGCGGACCCUGAUGGUGAAAAUGUGGUUCCAUUGGAGUCCAUAAAAACAGAACCAUCGGAUACGUUUCGUAAGAGCACUCUACCUCGUGUACUCAAACGUGCAAGAGAAGUUGAAUACAAAAUCCACAAGGCAUCCUCCAUAGUAACAAAUGAACCGGGAAACCAGUUGCUUCAUGAUGGCAAUGUUAUAGGAUGUUUAGUAAGCAUAUCUAUAUCAUAUUCCAAAUCUGGGAAUUCUAAUCUCAAACUGAAAUAUAUGGGUGUAGCGCUUGCAAAGUUGAACCUCAUGCAAGGUAUCAAGGUCUUGGUGGAUGAACAUAACGAUUGUAUUUUUAGCUCAUUGGACUCGGAUGAUCGUAACCUAUUUGAGGUACGAGAAAGCUGUGUCAAGUCGAAAGUGUUGGAAAAUGGGCAUGUAGUAGUCGCCUUUGAAGCAUCGAAACCGAAAUUCUCAAUAAACGUCGACCAGCUGUUUCAACUAUGUCUACUGAAACCUUAUAUUGUGGGAACAGCAAUCGACACUUUGAAGGCGCACAGGAUUCUCGGACAAGUAUCUAAAAGUCUGGAUGUCCAGGAAGAGGCACCAACGGUGGAGUCGUAUGACCUCCUGGAAGCUAUACGUUACAUUGCGACGAAAUACAAACUACCAAUGUCUAAUCCGACCGAUAUGCAAGGCAGCAUAUACAAUGUAAAAUCUGAUGUGGAUGAAAGCAGCAUAUAUGCUCUACAGGUGAGGGAGCGUGGCCAUGCAGUGAUUACCAAAAUCUUCAACUUCAUUAACAAGCUUAUAUGGCACGAUGAUGACCCGCAGUUGACCGUAUCUCUUCUUAUGAACGACUGCAAGUGCGCACUCUUUUCCGUUAAAAACGAACUGGUGCUAACUUUCAACCUCCAACAGCUGAUGUUCGACCUCACACAUACCGCGCCCGUGUCUAAAAGAAGAACAGUAAUUUCAUCUUCUAUGAUAUUCAACGUCACAACCUACAAUUCAAGCAUCGAUAAUCAUGAGACCGUGCUGCAAACCACUGUGGCCACCUUAAAGGUGACAUACGAAGACGUCGCCUUCACGAUGCCGGCACUGGAUAUAAAUAUGCAACUGAGUGGAGUAUCAGUUGAGGUAAAUCCAUGUUUGCUUCAAUUGUUCAAACAACUGAAACAUGUCUCAUUGAUGUUAUCUUCAGAACAGCUGGGUGGCAAGGUCAAUCGCAGGAACCUUAUCAAGCUGUACAAUGAGUUGGAGGUUGGGGUAUCUCUCCUAGGUAAUCGAGGUGGACAAAGGAAAAAGAUAGAACUCAUGCAUCUUCCAACACAAAGGUUCACCAAUGUUACUGACAAGGAGAUAUACAUAUUUCUUACAUCAAAAUCUGUGAAAGGUGCGAAACAACCGCCUCGUAACACACUUUCUGGACAAUUUGAAGCUUUAAAUGGCGGGUCUACGCAAUCAGGGACAGAAACGUUGUCACGAGAGCGUGAAAAUUUGCUAUUAGGUAACAGCGUUAACGUCAAGCGUGUUCUUACUGUGCUCCACGGCCAUGAUAAUGCUUCAGAACGUGAAAUUGAUAUUAACGCUAUAACACAGGCAUACCCCAACCUUUCUAUGACAUUUGUCGGAAAGUACCAACUGGAACAAACUGGCUCUAGGUUAUUCAAGUUACCAGAUAGUUUAGCUUUGGUGUUGAUGGAACAGUUUACGGAAGAGGGAAAUGAUCCGUAUGUCAUACUUUCGUCGUCUAUCCGCAUACAAAACUCUACAGACAUCCCGCUAUGUCUACGUAUGGAUAACAAGAUUGGCUAUUUCACAAAUGUGGCGUAUAAACUGACCCAACAUAGUAAACCAUCAGGGAAUUUAGAAGAGAUGUAUUUGGAGCCCUACUCGAGCUCAUGCGUACCAUUGAGCUGGUUCGGUACAGCCAUGAUGCCGACCAUUGCACCGAUAUUGUCAAAGGAUUAUACCGCAUCGGACGCAAUACCGUUCCAAUAUCUAUAUGACCUGCUAAAUAGGAACCCAGUUUCAGAGAGUGAUGUUGAACCUAUCAAAGAGGUGACUCUGAGAUUAAAGGGAGUUCUCGCAUUGAAGUGCACUAUUAUAACAAAGGAGGCAGCCAGCACCGAUGACUGUGGAGCGUGUCUAAACCAUUUUACACUCAAAAUAGAGCCCAUGGUGAAACUGGUCAAUAUGUUGCCAUGUGACGUUGACGUGUCGAUAGCACUUAACAGGAUAAAACAUAGAGAUGAUAUCAAAGGGGAAUAUGAUGAAUACGAUCUCAAUUCCGGCUAUAAAUCAAAAGUUAGACGCAGAUUGAAACGUGGUGAAACUUUUGGUAUACCGUUUUCGGAUCAGAAAAUAUUUAUACGUUUAUAUGUGGUUGGUACCCAGUUGAAGAAUUGGAAUGGCGAUCAGAACUCAGUGGCCGGGACAUUCGAAUAUUUCUCACCAACGUUCCAGGUACACCUACCAAGCACGGGUUCUGUCAGUAUCAACAAGACUUUAAGAAUGGUCAAAGGGACCUUGGAUGAUCUAAUGCAAAAAGACAAUGUAGAAUCCGGGGGACCGGUGCCGUCGUAUGCCGACCAAUACAAAUCUAUGACGAUAACAAUCGACCUUUCAAGACACUAUAUACGAUUAUGGUGGCCGUUCAUAUUCGAGAACAUGUCAAGCAGUUCACUCAUAAUUAAUGGGAGAUUGCUUUCGCCAAGGACACGCUAUUAUGGAAACCUCUACGAAGCUUCCAACUGCAGGAUUAGGGCAAUAAUGUCUAGCAACCAACCUCCUGAAUCUGGAAACUAUGGAACAAAUGCAUUAAGUCAAUGUGUGAAAUUGGAUGUCACCUCGACCACUGACUUCAGGCCACCAAUCAAGUUUGUCAUACCACUCAAUAAAAGAGCGGCAACGCAGAUGCUGCCUUCACAGAGUAUAGCGAAUAAUGACGAGGUUCUGGCGCCUGUGGUCAAUGCGAUAAAUGUCCAUGUGCCAAGGCGCUAUGUUAACCAUCCCACUACCCCCGAAUUUCGGGAGUCUCUUUCAAACUGCGCUACUGAGGAAUUUAUCAAAUCUGCAGAAGGGGACGCAACCGUAUGCAACGAAUUCCUAUGCCUGGGAUCAACGGUACGUUAUGCGGAGUACCCGUACGACAUGUGCAAAAUCGUCAGUAUAACGAACAUGUACACUUUCGUAAAUAGACUGCCGUUCACGGUAUGUGUCAGGGGCGCCCCUAUAAACUACCCGAACGUAGAUACAGGAGCUUCGGAUGGCAAUAGAGACGUUAUAAUACCUCCAGGUGAAUCGGAUUCUUUGAAUGCUCCAUUCCAAGGCGCUUAUGUCGUCAAUGUAGAAAGCGAUAUCAGCAGUGGGAUAUUCUCACUUCAGUACCCCAGGGUACCGCAUGUCUUCCAAUUAGAACUAAAUUCGAAAAACGUGACAUAUUCUACAGUCGCUACACGUGGGCUGUUAGUACAGGUUAACGUGAUAUCUGGUAUGUUCAAAGGUUCCAGCCUCCCGUACAGCUACAAUGGAUACUACUUCGUCCUCUCAUUGCCGAAGAAACCACAGUACCAGAUACUCAAUCUGACGAACUACACACUGGCUUACAGUGUACCGGGAAACAUGAAGUCUCCUGAAUCUCAGAACGUAGACAGUUAUGAUACUGCAGAACAAACCUGGUAUGAGACACCAAUGAACAAAAUCGGGAUACUGCCGCCAACGUGUAUCACCCAUUAUGUACCUGUUGCAAAUGGCAAGCCAAAUGAAGCUAUGCAAGUUUGUAUAAAGGUAAUACAGGUGGACAAAUGCGACUGGAGUGUACAGCAGCUGGAUACAGGCAGGGAAGGGUACCGUUCUAUCAAGUUCACUGAUCAGGGCAAGUCUGUAUCUUUGUACGCUACAAUCAUCAUAAGAGCUAAUGGUACGCGUAUAGUAGUUAUGGUAGGGUCUAAACUGGCUGCUAUCGAGUUGAACCGAAUAGGUGGAUCUGCCAUGUCAAACGGACCAAUACUUCAAUGGUCGAGCAUUAAUUUCAAUUUUCUAACUCCAAGGAUUACUAUAACGUUGUCAACGAAAAGAAAGGUCAUAUUGGCAUUCCACCUCACUAACACCUCAAUCGCCAUAUCUAUAGCACCAACAAAGCCUGAGCGAAUCUCCUUGGACGCUAGGGACUCUCUAGACAGUGAGGCAUACCGAAGCAACAUGAUCGAAUUUAUUGGUAUCAUACAAAGUAUCCACAUCGACCAUUUCCUGCAAGGACAUAUACCCGUAAUACUUAAAAGCUCGGCUAAGCGGUCUUCUUCUCAGGAAUCUUUCCUCCAUUUCCGCUUAUUGCUAUCUAAUUUCAUGGCACUGGGUCUACCGGUCUAUGAGCUCAUACAGGCUAAACUUUCGCCGUUAUCUAUCAACAUCGAGACGGCGGUGAUCGAACAACUCCUGGAUUCCGUGGAGCAUAUGUUCAAAAUGCCAGGGGCCAAUAGCACUGUCGAGUCAAAACGAAACGUCGACAACAAUCUGGUAGUGAUGCCCGAACCUAAGUGGGUGGAGAUGCAGCCGACCUUGCCGGUAUAUAUUCGCAAGCUCACAGUGGAACCCAUAACACUAAGCUUGGCUAUUCGAACGUCGUCAGUAAGGUUAACCCAUCACACUAUGAGGAUCCUUGAUGCUUUGCCACUGGACACACCUUGUGUAUGUGUCCAUUUCGCCAGGGAAGCGCGGUCUUCCCUUAUCGUUGGAUGGAGUGAGCUUAUGCAUUCCCUUCGUAACUCGUACCUGCGGCAACUCAUAAGACAAUCACUGCCAAGCGCAUGGCUGUCUAAUACUUUCGCGAUACUACAUGGCUUCAUCAAGGGGGUCCUACUGCUGGUGGUACAGCCAGUGCAAACUGCAGUAAGGUUCAAGAGCAUAUUGGAAGGGUCGUUGGUUGGCAUGGGUAACGGGAUUAUGUUGUUCCUGUUGUACAUCGCCGGUGGGACAACCCAGAGCCUCGGUCACAUCCUCAACGUUUUCCACAAAAUUUUCGGGGGACAACGAUCAAAGCCUCAGGGUAUACUGGAUGCCCUCUGGUUAGGUUUGAAUGCACUAUUCAUACACGUCUUUUAUUUACCAUGGAAAAGGCUCAUUACUGAUUUUUCAGAGUCUAAUUCCACCGGAGAUGGAUUCUUGAAGACAUCAGGGGGACUGGCGAUUAACAUCAUACGUUGCGCCGUUUCACCCCUCAUAGGUGUUGUAAAUAUGCUAAUCACUAUCGUUGAAGGGUUCUCCAACGUACUUCUCGGCGACUUCGAGCAAUUCACACACGUCUAUGAAAGUGAUCAGUUGGUAACAACUGGUAAUACUACCGCUGGCCAGCAACCGAAGCAAACUGAAAGCAGGGAGAACUCGUCGUCGGAAAACUACUUCCUCAACCGCAUGAAGACCUCUAUGGUACUCAAAAGAAAAGCUCAUUCAAAAUUAUAG